AGGAUGCAGUGGGCGUUGCUGCUCCUGCUGGCGGGACUCUGCUCCCUGUCGCAGGCCCAGUAUGAUGACGACGACUCUCAAUGGUGGUUCCACUACCUCCGCAGCCAGCAGCGGAACACCUACUACGACCCCUACGACCCUUACCCGUACGAGCACUACGAGCCCUACCCCUAUGGGGUGGAGGAGGGCCCUGCCUAUGCCUACGGCGGCUCCCCAUCGCCCCCUGAGCCCCGCGACUGCCCCCAGGAGUGCGACUGCCCCCCCAACUUCCCCACCGCCAUGUACUGUGACAACCGCAACCUCAAGUACCUACCCUUCGUGCCAUCCCGCAUGAAGUACGUCUACUUCCAGAACAACCAGAUCACUGCCAUCCAGGAGGGCGUCUUCGACAACGCCACAGGGCUGCUGUGGAUCGCGCUCCACGGCAACCAAAUCACCAGCGACAAGGUGGGCCGCAGGGUCUUCUCCAAGCUGAGGCACCUGGAACGGCUGUACCUGGACCACAACAACCUGACCCGCGUGCCGGGUCCACUGCCCAGGUCCCUGCGGGAGCUCCACCUGAACCACAACCAGAUCACACGCGUGCCCAACAGUGCCCUGGAAGGGCUCGAGAACCUCACCGCACUCUACCUGCAGCACAACGACAUCCAGGAGGUGGGCAGCUCCAUGCGGGGCCUCCGCUCGCUCAUCCUGCUCGACCUAAGCUACAACCACCUCCGCCGGGUGCCCGACGGGCUGCCCUCGGCCCUCGAGCAGCUCUACCUGGAGCACAACAAUGUCUACACCAUGCCCGACAGCUACUUCCGGGGCUCACCCAAGCUACUCUACGUGAGGCUGUCCCACAACAGCCUCACCAAUGGUGGCUUGGCCUCCAACACCUUCAACUCCAGCAGCCUGCUAGAGCUCGACCUGUCCUACAACCAGUUGCAGAAGAUUCCCCCGGUCAGCACCAACCUGGAGAACCUCUACCUGCAAGGCAACAGGAUCAACGAGUUCUCCAUCAGCAGCUUCUGCACCGUGGUGGACGUCAUGAACUUCUCCAAGCUGCAGGUGCUGCGUCUGGAUGGCAACGAGAUCAAUCGCAGUGCCAUGCCGGCCGACGCACCCCUCUGCCUGCGCCUGGCCAGCCUCAUCGAGAUCUGA